AAUCCGAGUUUGUUCCAACGCAGCAACAGCAAUCUUCACAACCAACUAUAACUGAUCAUUGCGAUGAUGGUAAUGAUGAACAAAUAACUCAAUUGGAAUUGUCUGGACUUAACGUAUUGGUUAUCAGAAAGAAAGAUCAAAUAAUCUAUAAAUUACCGGGAGAAAUGUCUGUGCAAUCACUAGAUGAAAAUACGCGAAACGCUUUAAUUCAACGAAUACAAUCGUUGCAUGAGCGGAAUUCGGUAAUCACGAGUCCAGCCGUGUCAUCGACACUUGGACACGCAUCAUCAGGCGCAUCUGACGGAGUGCUUGCUAGCGGAGUUUCCCCCUUGACUACUCAAUCGUCCUCGUCUUCAUUCACAUCUACAUUACCCAAUAAACAAUCGACACAGGCGACCCAACAACCAUCGAUCCAUCCGUCUGGCCCUGCUAGGCCGCGAGACAUGCCAAAAACAUAUACACCGCUUGCAAUCAAACAACAGACACCGGCCCAGACCUCGACGUCUUUGCCGACGUUUCAAUCUACAUCAACUGGAUCAUCCGAUAGCACAAGUAUGCCAACAUUAUCGAUGGGAAUAUCUUCCACCACACAACUGAAUGCAGGUUCGAUGCCAUCAUCUUCCUCUCAUGUACAACGAGCUUCAUAUCAACCUCAAUUACAACCAGAUGGGACAAUAAAGACUACGCGUAAAUACAACAAGACGGGAAAAUAUUCUAAAAAGCGUGCGUUGCAACAGUCAGAGGAUAACCGACACGUAACGUCAAUAGGGAACAAGUAUCUUCAGGGUUCAAUGUAUAAUAACUACUAUCCAAAUAAUAUGCAGCCUACUAUUGUGGGAACAGCUUAUAAUUAUGAUCCUACGCGAUCGGUCGCUUAUCAAGCAGCGAGUGUUGGACGAUCCCCUGAAGAGAUAAUCCACCAUUUGGAAGUCAAGCAAAGAUUCGAAACGGCCUUAUCAUAUGAUCAAAGAGCUAUUUAUCAACCAGACAUGAAGCCAUUUUACUCUAUGGAAGACGCAAUCAGACGGUUGUUACCGUAUCAUAUAUUUCAGUAUCCAGAUGAAGAUUUAGAAUCUAAUGAAAAAAUGUCUGAUUUGGAUGCAAAUAAAUUAGCAUUUGCAGCAUUGAAAAGACGUAAAAGCAUAUACGACAAAUACGCACAGUUACUUAAACAAGAGGCCGAAAGUUCGUGUCUCUCGCACAGUGUAAAUCUGUGUGAACGUCUGAUACUAGAGGAUGAGAAGAGCGAAAAUACUGCAUUACAACGAGAAUUGGAUCGUCUACGAGCUCAAAAGAACGAAUUGGAUAGAAUAGCUGGUUACAUCAACAAGAUCGAAAGCUUCCCAACUUCGGCAAAGAUGGCAGCAGUCUUGACGACAGGAGGGGGCGGAAUAUCAAAGGACAAUACCGGUAUCAGUAAUCAGAAUGGAGGACAACAAUCAACUGCCACCAUGGCUUUGAAUCAGAGCAUUUCUGAGCAAAACAGCAGAAACAAACGCAGCCCAGAAUGA